UAUAUAUUAUCAUCGUCGACCGUCGUCGACGGCACGUCGGACACAUCGCAGUAUGUCAGUGGAGCAUCCUGGUGUGUAUUUGGAUAUGGUACCGAUUCGGCCAGUCGUUGACGUCAAAUAACGUCGAACAUUUCGCCGUCGUGGGAAAGAUUCCUGGAGAAAGGAGUAACGGGGAGGAAAGGGGAAGGCGCAUCCCUCGCGAGGCGAAAGUGAACAGAAAGGGAGAGAGAGAGAGGAUGCGCGACGUGACGAGCCUCACGUCCGCUGCGUGAUCGGCCGCGUAACAUGAGAGGAGCACACACCGACAAUAAUAAUUCAACUGCCAGGACGGCGACGAAGGAGGGUGCGAGGGAGUGAAUAAUGUACUGCACGACGCUCGGAAGAUGCUUUUGCAGGAGGGACGCGAUGAGGGCCCUGAGCACCGGUGAGGUAUCCACUGCAUUGAGACCGUUUUACUUUACUGUUCAUCCCGAUCUGUUCGGCCAGUAUCCUACGCAGAGGACAGUGAAUGAAAAUUCUCUGAAGCAAUUAAGUUCAAUCUUAGAAACCUUACAACAAAAACAACCUAUACGGCCAACCAUUUUGCCUUUUUAUUUGCGAUCGAAGGAUGAGAAAGAUGUGAAGGCUGGUAAAUUCACGCUUGUUAAAAUACAGUUGAAAGAAAAGGAUCUGAGGCAAGCGAUACUUUCCAUUUUAAAAACAUGCGAUCUACCCACGACGUUUGUUGAUAAAAUAGAGGAACAGAAACCUUCUAUCACAAAGCACAAAUCCAGAUUUUGGCAACGAGCAUAUUCUGGAGAAAGGAUAGACUUUUCGGAAUUGGAAGAGGAUCCUAUUUAUGCGUCGAUUAUUAUGAAACGCAAGAUUAAUGCAGAGCCAGAUACAUUGAAAGCGUAUAUAGAUAAGCACAUCAAUGAAGUACAUGUUAAACUGGAGGCAUGCAGACCAGUGAGAGACGAGGUGGAGAAAUUGGAGAAAGUACUAUGCAGUGUGUUGGGUCUAAAGGAUAUCAUAUGGGACUGUGGUUGGAAUAUCGCUCAUUAUCGCGGCUGUUUAUUAGCCUUUCAAGCAUUAGCCGAGCAUCACCCGGAAUCGAUGGAAGUAUUGAGGAAUCGCACUCUCGUGUUUGCAAAUGAUACUGGUAUCAGUUUAGAAGGCAAUGUUAUGCUAAAUUCUGGGGAAGUCAGGCACAAUUGGCUCGACUUAAUAAAGAAUGUAAAAAAGCAUGAUGCUGUAUUGUUGAAAUUGCCAGCGUUUGAGAAGGCAGUCUCCCAAGUACUCCUCGAUAUUAAAGUUGGUCGACGGGUGCUCUAUAUGUGCAGGAAAUUCAUGCCUAAGGUAAUGGUCGGCCAGUAUGAGCAACAGCUGCGACAACUCACAACCACGCUCUCAGAUUAUCGUGGCAAAAGAAAAUAUCCGAGUUCGUGGCCGGCCAGUCUAUCAGCCUACGAAAUUGUCAUCGAAGCCGAAGCAGGUCCUUUGAUGUUAUCACCGACUGGACAAUUUAUUGUACCAUCGUCUUGUCCAAGUUUUCUUUUGGUGAAUUUUAUUACGGAAAACUUAGAGGAGGCUACGAAAAGACUAUAUCAUUAUAACAACAUAAAGCAUGUGGAACGGGAACUUCAUCAUAAGACUAUCAAAGAGUUAGGUUUAGCUGCUCUUAACAAGGACGACAGCAUUACACCGGAUCUUAUGAUACAAUGCUGCAAACAGCUGCUUCUACACAAAAAGGAUCUGGCACCAUCGCUUGAGGGCGUCAUGCUCUGGGUUACUCAUUAUUAUUCUGUUAUGAGCGAUGGUGUUUUUUGUGUGCCAUGGGAUUGGAAAUUCUAAUUUUCGAUAAAAGAAAACAAAAUAUGUUAACAGUUGUUGUUAAGUCACUAGCGUAAGCAUAACGACAAUGCAAAUAAGUUUUACAAGUCCCGAGAUUUGCAAGAGAAUAAUUAUGAUAGCAAUUUAGAACAGGAAAUUGUCUGAACAAGAUAAAACUAUUAAAUUAAUUAUGCAAUCACCAUACUGACUUCUUCAUAAAGAUGAAAAACGAAGCCAGUAUGCUGAUCAGUAUGGUCAAUUUUAAUGGAAGCCUUUAGAUAACAUUGUAAAAGUUAUGUUCUAAAAAUAGUAUCUCUGUGUCGCACAAUUCGAAUAUUAUUAAUUCAACGACAGUGGACUUGUAUUACUAGUGUCAUUAUCGUUUCUAACUUCAUGAGGACAACUAAAGAUUCUAUUGAAAAUAGCUAUCCCAAACGAGAUUUUUGUAAAAAAAAUAGGGUUGUCACAGACACUCGAAAUCAGGAAAAUAUCAGGGAAAUUGAAAAACGUGCAGAAAAAUCAGAAAAAAGUCAAGAAAUUUUGUUAAAAAUUCUUGGUUUUAAAGAAGUUUGAUGUGCGUAUGUAUAUCACACUUAUGCUGUUUUAGAAUACUACCAACUUAAUAAUUAAAUGCAAGCAGUGUGAAUAAUAUUAAUAGUAUUAUAAUUUACAUUGCUAUGUCAAAUUGCUUCCUUAAUAAAUUAAUUUAACAGUUUUCAAAUCAGAAUGAAAGUACAAAAAAUUUCAAAAUAUUAAAAAGUCAGGGAAGAUGAAAUUUUGUUCGGAAAUCAAGGAAAAGUUAUGAAAUUUUAGGACGAAGAAUUUGUGGCACUCUGAUGAAACAAUCGGACAGAUAAAUUUGAAUUUACUGGAACUAUUGUAGAUUUUUAACAACAAAAUGAUCACUAGUCUUGCAUAAGUCUUAGUUUAGCCUUAAGGGACUCGACGCUACGCGCUGUAGACAAUUGUAAACAAUUAUAGACAUAUGUAUAUUUUUUUAAUUCGAUGUAUCGACUCAAUUGUAAAUGUGCGGUCCGUCGAUUAUAAGCAAUCGAGGACAAAAAGGUUUCGCAAUAAUUGACAUUUAUAUAUCUCUGAAGA